AUGAGUACUCUUGUGAAGAAGCUGUUGUUUUGUGGUGCUAAGAGCUUUCCAAGUGAUGUUGAACUCCCUGAAGGACACAUAUGGGUGUGUGUAGGAGCUGAGAAUGAAGAGACACAGAGGUUUGAGCUUGAGACAAACUACCUCAACCAUCCAUUGUUUGAAGAUUUGCUGAGACUCUCAGUACAGGAGUUUGGUUAUUCAUAUGCCGGUGCGCUGAGGAUCUCGUGCGAUAUCGAUUUUUUCUUGCAUGUUCUACACUUGCUUAGAAGCAGCAACCCUAGAGUGCAUUACAUGGAACUUAAUGAUAUUAUGGAUAGUUUCAAUGCUGGAAGUAGGCAAAGGGAAAUUGGAUAUCAUCACAAGUAG